AUGGCAGCAAAAGAAAAGGGUGACCCCGACCCCGACCCCGACCCCGACCCCGACCACGAUCCCAGACCCGGCCCCGACCACGACCCCGACCACGACCCCGACCACGACCCCGACCCCGACCCCGACCCCGACCACGACCCCAACCAUGACCCCGACCCCGACCACGACCACGAUCCCAGACCCAACCACGACCCCGACCCCGACCCUGACCACGAUCCCAGACCCGACCACAACCCUGACCACGAUCCCAGACCCGACCCCGACCACGACCCCAACCAUGACCCCGACCCCGACCCUGACCACGAUCCCAGACCCGGCCCCGACCACGACCCCGACCACGACCACGAUCCCAGACCCGACCACAACCCUGACCACGAUCCCAGACCCGACCACAACCCUGACCACGAUCCCAGACCCGGCCCCGACCCUGACCACGAUCCCAGACCCGGCCCCGACCACGACCCCGACCACGACCACGAUCCCAGACCCGACCACAACCCUGACCACGAUCCCAGACCCGGCCCCGACCACGACCCCGACCACGACCACGAUCCCAGACCCGGCCCCGACCACGACCCCAACCAUGACCCCGACCCUGACCACGAUCCCAGACCCGGCCCCGACCACGACCCCGACCCCGACCCUGACCACGAUCCCAGACCCGGCCCCGACCACGACCCCGACCACGACCAUGAUCCCAGACCCGACCACAACCCUGACCACGAUCCCAGACCCGGCCCCGACCACGACCCCGACCACGACCCCGACCACGAUCCCAGACCCAACCACGACCCCGACCACGACCCCAACCAUGACCCCGACCCCGACCCUGACCACGAUCCCAGACCCGGCCCCGACCACGACCCCGACCCCGACCCUGACCACGAUCCCAGACCCGGCCCCGACCACGACCCCGACCACGACCACGAUCCCAGACCCGGCCCCGACCACGACCCCAACCAUGACCCCGACCCUGACCACGAUCCCAGACCCGGCCCCGACCACGACCCCGACCCCGACCCUGACCACGAUCCCAGACCCGGCCCCGACCACGACCCCGACCACGACCAUGAUCCCAGACCCGACCACAACCCUGACCACGAUCCCAGACCCGACCCCGACCACGACCCCGACCACGAUCCCAGACCCAACCACGACCCCGACCACGACCCCAACCAUGACCCCGACCCCGACCCUGACCACGAUCCCAGACCCGGCCCCGACCACGACCCCGACCAGGACCCUGACCACGAUCCCAGACCCGGCCCCGACCACGACCCCAACCACGACCAUGAUCCCAGACCCGACCACAACCCUGACCACGAUCCCAGACCCGGCCCCGACCACGACCCUGACCACGACCCCGACCACGAUCCCAGACCCAACCACGACCCCGACCACGACCCCAACCAUGACCCCGACCCCGACCCUGACCACGAUCCCAGACCCGGCCCCGACCACAACCCCGACCACGACCCCGACCACGAUCCCAGACCCAACCACGACCCCGACCACGAUCCCAGACCCGACCACGACCCCGACCCCGACCCCGACCCCGAUCACGAUCCCAGACCCAGCCCUGACCAUGACCCCAAUUAUGAUCCACAACCCUGA